AUGUUUUACGUCUUGCAGUCCUCCCAUCUUCCCCGCACCUCAGUCCAGGGUGCAGUGGAGGCUGCCAUCGCAGCUGGCUAUCGCCAUAUAGACACUGCUCACAACUACAACAACGAGGCUGAUAUUGGCAAGGCUCUGCUCUCCAAGACAGAGCAGGGCAUCAUCAGGCGCCAGGACAUGUUCAUCGUCAGUAAGCUGUGGUGUACCUUCCAUGCCCCAGAGGACAUCCCUUUGUGUCUAAAUAAGACCCUGAACGAUCUCCAGCUGGACUACCUGGAUCUUUACCUUGUUCAUUUCCCUGUUGGCUUUAAGAAAAUGGGUGAUGAGCUUUUCCCAAGAAAGGAUGGAAAGAUCAUGACCUCUGACAUAGACUACGUAGAUGUAUGGAGG